AUGACCGGCCGCAGGACUUUUCUUGUUGGAGGGGGAUGCACUGCGUUUAUCAAGCCAAGGGGAAAUAGGACCACCGAAGACAUGGGACUUGAAGCCGCAACGAAGGCUUUACUUGAUGCCGGCAUAACCUACGACGCCGUUGAGGCCGCCUACGUAGGUUACUGUUAUGGCGACUCUACUAGCGGGCAGCGCUCUCUUUAUAACCUUGGUCUUACAAACAUCCCAAUUGUCAAUGUCAAUAACAACUGCUCGACUGGAUCUUCAGCAUUAUACCAGGCCAAUAUGACUGUCAAGUACGGACAAUUUGAAUGCGCGUUGGCCCUCGGCUUCGAGCGCAUGAAGCCUGGUAGUCUUGGCACCAACUUUCCAGAUCGCGCACCACCUACAUUACUCAUCAACCAACGGUCGCAGGAGCUUGAGAAAGAAGUUCUCGGUGAAAAUCAUGGCCCUGGCGCACCUCGUAUGUUUGAUAAUGGUGCUCAAGAGUAUUUUAUCAAGUAUGGCGGCACACAGGCGCAUCUGGCCAUGAUUGCAUCCAAGAAUCAUCAACAUUCGGUGAAAAAUCCUUAUUCUCAGUUUAGAGAUGGUUGGAGCGUCGAACAAGUGUUGGCGGCACCCAAGAUCACCAACAACCUGACAAAGCUCAUGUGUAGUCCCACGUCUGAUGGAGCCGCAUGCUGCAUUGUCGCAUCGGAGGAAUUCGUUCACGCCCAUGGCCUUGAAAAUCAAGCCAUCGAGAUCGUUGCCACUGCUUUAACCACCGAUGGACCCACUACAUUCGAAACCAGUGCUAUGAAUGUUGUUGGAUACGAAAUGUCAAAAGUAUGUGCCGAUAAAGUUUUCAAAGAAGCUGGUUUCGCGGAAGGACAAGGCAGGGACCAAGUUGGCGUCAUUGAGCUUCACGAUUGUUUCGCCGCUAAUGAGCUCAUCACCUACCCCGCUUUGGGUUUGUGUGAUCUGAAUGAUGCACAUAAACUUGUGGAGCGCGGAGACAACACAUACGGUGGCAAGUACGUGAUAAACCCAAGCGGGGGCUUAGAGGCCAAAGGACACCCCUUGGGAGCAUCUGGUCUUGGAAUGCACUUCUACAUCAUGAUGCAAUUGCGGGAUUCACCAGGACUCUUCGAUAUCUCGGAUAAACGAGGCAAAUAUGGUUUGGUGCAUAAUAUUGGCUUGGGUGGGGCUGUGGUUGUUUCACUGCUCCGUAGACCUGAAUUUUACAAGCCUGGCGGACCUGACGGAAGGACAAGGCUCGGCUACAAUCAUGCCCAUGAAUGCCAGCCUAUCACUAUGGAUGAUGUCAACAAGGUCAAGUCGAAGCGUUCUUCUCCAUAUGUUUUACAACACGCCAAACUCUGA